CUCGUCCAUGAACUGCGAGUACUUGUCUCGCCAGGCUUCGUUGGACGCCAACUUGCGCUCACAGCUGAGCAGCAGCUUUAGCGCCGUCGAUCUGCUGGGCUUCAGGGCGAGGCUUGGAUCCAAUUUGAAAGCCAGGGCACCUUUGGUUGUUGCGGGAUGCAACACGGGGUCGGCCGCCUGAGCAGCAUCCAGCGCUUGGAUGCGAUUUUCUAGGAAAAGAGAAAGCUGUCGGAACGACGGGAUGUCACGACUAUCAGCAAGAGAGGUUUCCCAGGCCAGACUGCUGUUGCGCGGGAGGGCAGGAGAGAAGAGCCCGGUGGUGCGAGAAAGACAGAAGACGCAAAUUCCCGUACCGCUGCUCCAGAUCCUCCCAGGCUCCUUGGUAUCCAGCAUCGGUGAUUGGCGUAUUUUGGAUGACCUCCGCCGCUUCCCCGGUCAAGGCCGUCUUCAGGUACAGCAAUUUCUGUACAUCUGGAAGAUUGGGAACGCUGUGAACGAGGCUCCGGAAAAGAUCUCGGAAACUCUCCCACUGCAGGGGGUCUCCCGAGAAGAUCAGGGCGUUUCCGAAAACCGUUAGAAGCACCGACUGUUGACUCGAAGUUCAAGACGUUCCGAAGCGUUUACAAACACAGGCUCGACCUCAGGAGACAACGCCCAAGCGGGUGACGUCACGGCAGGACCGUUACGGCAAGAGAAAUGAUUUAAAUAAAGAAUGGGACUUAUCUUUCUCCUUUUGACUCCCUUUUCCGAGGCCUGGUUGAUUUGUUCGUGGAGUCCGGUCUUGAGGCGGCGAGUCAAUCCUCCCGCGUUGGAGUCCAGCCGCAAUUUCCCAGGAAUCGUCACUGGCACCACUCACUCGCGACGUGGAAGAACGUUCGUUGACCGCAAAAAUCCGGCUCGAAGGACCAAUGUUUGAUCGUUUCGCCCCUUAACCGGGAAAGGGGUUAGAGAACGGAUUCGGCUGAAAGUUUUUGCCGGUGCGCGACCUUGCCGAAGCGAUCCCUUCCGAUG